UGCGCAGUGCGCGCUACUCCGGGGGGCGGAGGCGACGCGCAGGAGGGAAGAUGGAAGACUACCAGGCUGCCGAGGAGACUGCUUUUGUUGUUGAUGAAGUAAGCAACAUUGUAAAAGAGGCUAUCGAGAGUGCCAUUGGUGGCAAUGCCUAUCAGCACAGCAAAGUGAAUCAGUGGACCACAAAUGUCGUAGAACAAACUUUAAGCCAACUCACCAAGCUGGGAAAGCCAUUUAAAUACAUCGUGACCUGUGUGAUUAUGCAGAAGAACGGAGCGGGGUUACACACAGCGAGUUCCUGCUUCUGGGACAGCUCGACUGACGGCAGCUGCACGGUGCGCUGGGAGAACAAGACCAUGUACUGCAUUGUCAGCGCCUUUGGGCUGUCCAUCUGACCGUCGGCGGCCCUGCCUUCCCCCUCUGCCCCGCUCGCCGCCUCUUCCUGACGGCCACGGAUCCGGUAAACGCUGUCCUUGUGCUCUUUCAGUGUCUCUCGUGGCGCUCUCACAACGUGGAGAAAAGGCAGGUGACUGCCCUGUUCUGUGAACGGCGCAUCCCGUCAGAGGCUAGUCAUCCCAGCGGCCAGGCCUGUGCUGCCACUUGUCUUAACUCUGAACAUUUCUUCCCAAAGGUGCUAAAAACUGAAAUCUGCUAGUUUGAAGCUUUCUCUCUCUCUGAAUGACUCAGAUACACUAAUUUUCCAUACUUUGUACUUUGGUUAGAAUAAUAAAUUAUUCCACUUUAAA